AAAAGCGCAGCUCUCUCCUUCCUUUGCAGUCAGUUCUCCUCCGGCCCAGCAAACAUGAGUUUCUCGUUGGACCACCACUUCACGGGCCCCGGCUCGUACCGCAAGGCUCGGCCAGCAUCCGUGUCCUCCAGCGGCUUCCACUCUCAGCAGCGCCGCCGUCUCGCCUACAGCCAGCCGUCCUCCAUGGAAAGCCUGGAGACCUUCAACGGCGACAUGGCUCGGAGGAGUGAGAAGGAGAUCCUGCAGGCUCUCAAUGACCGCUUCGCAGGCUACAUCGAUAAGGUGCGCAACCUGGAGAUGCACAACCGCAACCUGGAGGCUGAAGCAGCGGCGCUGCGGCAGAACCAAGCCGGGCGCGUCUCUGUUGGGGAGCAUUACGAGCGGGAGCUGAACGACCUGAGGGGUCUGCUGCAGCAGCUGACCGGGGAGAAGACCCGCGCUGCCUUAGAGCACGAACACCUGGAUGAAGACAUCCAGCACCUGCGAGCAAGACUGGAGGAUGAGGCGCGCAACCGGGAGGAGCUGGAGGCUGCAGCGCGCACCAUGAAGAAGUACGUGGAGGAGUGCCGUCUGGCACGGAUGGAGCUGGACAAGAAGCUCGGCGCCCUGGAGGAGGAGGCGGCUUUCCUUAAGAAAAACCACGAGGAAGAGGUGGCAGAACUUCUGGCGCAAAUCGAUGGCGCUCAGGUGAGCUUUGACCUGAGGGACACGAUGAGAGCGGACGUUACCAGCGCUUUGAGAGAGAUCCGUUCCCAACUGGACAGCCACGCGUCAAAGAGCGCAGUGCACGCAGAGCAGUGGUUCAAAGUACGCAUGGAGCGCCUGUCUGACGCUGCCAGGUCAAACCAGGAUGCCAUCCGUGGAACCCAGGAAGAGAUUGCAGAGUACCGCCGUCAGCUCCAGAGCCGCACCAUCGAGCUGGAGACCCUCAGAGGAGCCAAGGAGUCACUGGAGAGGCAGCGGAUGGAGAGUGAAGACAGACACCAGGAUGACAUCAGCUCCCUUCAGGAGACCAUCAACCAACUUGACAAUGAGCUGAAAACAACCAAAUGGGAGAUGGCGAGCCAGCUGAGGGAUUAUCAGGAGCUCCUGAAUGUAAAGAUGGCUUUAGAUAUUGAGAUUGCUGCAUACAGGAAGCUACUUGAGGGAGAGGAGAAUCGCUAUGUUUCAGGUGGCUCCCCAUACACCUAUCUGGAGAGCAGGAUCUCAGGCCAUGUCAAAGUAAAAAGCGAGGAGAUCUCGGAUACAGUGAUUGUGGAGGAGCAGACAGAUGAGACACAGGUGACAGAGGUGACAGAGGAGGCAGAUGAGGAGGAGGAAGAAGAGAAAGAGGAGGAAGAGGAAAAAGAAGAAGAGGAAACCAAGGAGGAGGAAGAAGCUGAAGAGGAUGAAGGAAAAGAAGAGACAGAAGAGGAAGAAAAAGAGGAGGGAAAAGAAGAGAACGAGGAAGAAGGCAAAGAAGAGAAAACUAAAUCUCCUGUUCAAUCUCCAGAAUCAAAAUCACCAGCAGCUAAAUCCCCUAUGCCCAAAUCACCUGCCAAGUCCCCUGCAGGCGAUGAGUCAAAAUCCCCUCCCAGUCAGUCCCCCGAAUCCAAAUCCCCUCCUCCCAAGACCCCCGAACCAAAAUCUCCAGUAAAGGAGAGCGCUAAGUCUGACGAUGCCAAAGACAUCCCAAAGGAGGAGAAAAAGGAAAAGCCUCAGCCAGCCAAAGAGGAGCAAAAGGAGAAAGACAAGCCUGUAAAGGAGGAGAAGAAGCAGGAACCCAAGGAGAAAGAGCCAGAGAAGGUGGAAAAACCCGAUGCAAAGAAGGAAGAGAAAGAAAAAGAAGAAACUACGAAACCUGAGACUCCCAGCAAGACCGCCGAGGACAAACCUGCUGCAAAGCCUGAGCCUGAAGUCAGCGCUCCUGUUAAAGAGGAGAAGCCCUCUGCUCCCAAACAGGAGAAAUUAGAGUCUGAGAAAACUGAAAGCAAGAAGGAGGAGAAGAAGCCAGAGGAAAAGCCCGAGAAGACUGAAAGCAAAGAGGAGAAGAAGCCCGAGAAGACUGAAAGCAAAGAGGAGAAGAAGCCUGAGAAGACUGAGAGCAAGGAGGAGAAAAAGCCUGAGAAGACUGAGAGCAAGGAGGAGAAAAAGCCNAAGCCUGAGAAGACUGAGAGCAAGGAGGAGAAAAAGCCUGAGAAGACUGAGAGCAAGGAGGAGAAAAAGCCAGAGGAAAAGCCUGCACCUAAGGUAGAACCGGAGAAAGUGGAGAGCAAAAAGGAUGAGAAGAAGCAAGUAGAGAAGAGCAAAGAGGAGAGUAAAGAAGAAGCAAAGGGGGACAAGCCUGAAAAGUCCUCUAGCACUGAGUCAAAGGAAACCAAGGAGGAAAAGGCCAAGAAGUAAGACUUAUCGCUGCGAUUUUACAUGUGGAGGAGAAGGAGAUGCCAAAGAACUGAGUGGGACAGAGGGAGGGGAAGGGUGUAGAGCAGGAUGGAGCUGGACGUACCCAGCUGUUUAGACUGGUAACAGUAUGUAAGCAAUAUUGAUUUCUGUAGCAAAUAACCCCACUGCUUCCCAAGUAUGGCCAUUACAUACCCCCUGAAGCUUCUGGUGUAUGACUGUAGUGAAUGCAGAAUGCUAUAAACUCCUCUGAAUGUGACAGCCGCCCUUAAUGAUAACAAGUGCAUUUAAACUGAAUCCUGGUGAGGAUGGCAGGACCCUGCUGCACCCACACCAGCCUGUAAGGGCAGAGAUGUCAAGCUAAUGAUUGUGAGCAAUAGUGAACAUAUGUUUAUUAAAUGAGAAAAAAAAACUCUCUAUAUUAUAUUUACAGAUUGAUAUAUAAAGGAAGACUUGAAUUUUGCUCGUUGCACACCUUAAUGCUGCUUCUCCAGACAGGUGAAUGGUGGCAUCUCACUCUUCCGGUCUGCAAAUGCUAGGACAAUGAUUGUGCUAUGUAUAAACUGCUGAGGAUAUGCAACAUAAA